AUGGAGCCGGGGGCGGAGGAGACUGGAUGGACGCGGGCAGCGGCGGCGGCGGCGGGUGAAACCGCCGGGGCCGAGCUCCCCAUGGAACCUUUGGGAUCCCGGACCCCGGACCUGGAAGAGCCGCAGUGCGAAAGCUUCGAGAACCGCCGGAGCCUGUCCCCGGCCCAAUCCCCGUCCCCGGUUGACAAGAAGCUGCCGCCGUCGCCCCGGCCCGCGCUCCUGCGGGUGCCGCCGCUCAGCCUGGGCUACGGCGCUUUCCGGCGCCAUCCCGGAGCCGCCGCCGGGCCGGAGCCGCCGCCGGGCCCCGCCGAGGCUCCGGGGCCCGAGCUCUUGGGGCCCUGCGCCGCGCCCCCCGAAGAGCCGGGCCCGGGCUCCUGGGCCCCCAUGGAGCUGCAGGUGGACGUGCGCGUCACCCCGGUGGGCGCCGCGCCGGGCAGCCUAGCGCCUUCGCCCGCCCCUUCCAGGCGCUUCCUCACCGUGCCGGUGCCCGAGUCUCCGGGCUUCGCCCGCCACGCCGCGCCCGCCUUCCCGCUCCCGCUCCUGUCGCCCAGUCCUUCCCCGGGGAGCACUUGGGGCAGCCGGGGCUCCCCGCUGAUCGCGGCCCGGGCGGAAAGCAGCUGCGACGCGGACGGCUGCGCCGGCCCCGCCGAGGGGCGCGCGGAGGUCCCCGGCUCCCCGUCGUGGCGCUGCCGCUGCAAAGAGCUGGGGCUGGAGAAGGAGGAGUCGGAAAUGCCGCUCCGGGCCGAGGCGGACGGCGCCCUGCAGCUGCCCCGGGCCGUCAAGCUCGUAGGACUGCCCAUGUACCUGAAGUCUCUGCAGUGGGCCCUGGCCAUCAUGACGGUGCUCGUGGCCAUGUCUGCUGUGUCCAUCAUUGCCUUGGUCUCCAGAGCAGGGGCUCGCUGCCGCUUGUGCCCCCCAGGAUGGAUGUGGUCCGAGGAGCUCUGCUUCUACCUCUCCCCCGAGGCACAGGCCUGGGAGGCCAGCCAGGCCUUCUGCCUCGCCCACCAUGCCAGCCUACCCUUACUGAGCCAUACCCAGGACUUACUGGCAAGAUUCCCGGUCACUGUGAAUUCCUGGGUAGGAGCCCGGCGAGGCCCUGAGGGCUGGCACUGGAUUGACGAGGAUCCUCUGCCAUCCCAACUACUCCCUGCAGAAGACCAGGACCAGUUGGAUCUCCAGUGUGGGGUCCUGCGGGCCGGAAGGCUUGAAGCCUUGAACUGUGCCUUGCCCCAAGCCUGGGUCUGUGUCAGAGGCACCAAGUGA